AUGAAAGCCAAGUGCCAAAUGAAGAGAAUGACCUACAGCUUCAGGUCACAGAAAUGUUUCAGGGGAUGCAUAGUAGAGGAGGAGGAGGAGGGUGACCAUUAUAUGGAGCUUGGUGUUGAGCAUGAGGGAGAUGAUCCAGUUGGAGCUGAUGAAGAGUGGAGGUAUUUCAAUAAGUUUGGGGUCAACCCAAUGGUUGACAAGUCACAGUGGCCUAUUGUUGAUCCCGAAUUUGUAAUGGUGCCUCUGAAGCUUGAAAGGUCUAUAGGUAGGUCAAGAGUGAAGAGGAUCAAACGUAAGAGUGAGCCAGGAAAAAGGGGUCCUUACCAAUGCAAAAAAUGCUUUCAGUUUGGGUAUAUUGAGAAGGGUUGUAGUGAGCCGCCUACUGAACUCGCUGUUGAAUUGCCAUCGGCAGUUCCUACUAAUUCAAGGAAAAGGAAAGAAAAGGGCAGUACAUCUAGUUGCAAAAAAGCUCCCAAAAAAUCCAAGAAAGUAUCUGCACCUUCUACUUCCUUAGUCACACAACCACCUGUUAGUCCAGGGCCAACAACAAAAAGGAUGUCAGCUUCCACUAGUCCUCUCAGUCCAGGACCUACAACAAGGAGCAGGGCAGCAACAGACAUAUCCCUAGGAGGAAUUGCAAGAAGGCUUAUUGUAGGCUAA